AUGAGUACUACGACCGACAAUCUAAUCGAAGACGAAACCAUGACUGAAUCGGACAAUCGAAAGAGUUUUCUCAUAUCCAAUCUCUUAUCUGGUGAAUCUCUGUUAGACGCCGAAGAAGACGAAGAAGAAGAAGAAGAAAACAAUUCAAUGAACGAUGAUUCAAUAGAAGGAAAACUUCCUGAUGAAACCAAAUUACAUCGAGCAUUUCCAAAACCCUCAAUGACAUUUCCACGUUUAAUGUCGACAAAUGAUUUUUCCUACCUCUAUUAUCUUAGUUAUCAAUACUUCGCCAUGCAAAUGUCUAAAACGAAUCCAAUCCAGCCAACCAACCAUCCUUCGAUAAAAAAACCGUGUUCAUUCACUCCGCCAACCUCUUCAUCAUGUUCAUCGUCAUCUCCCUCACCAAAUUCAACAAUCAAUUCACGUUAUCAGUGUGAUGGCUGCUCUAAAUCAUACUCAACAUUUGGUGGACUUUCUAAACAUAAACAAUUUCACUGUAUCGCUCAAAUAAAGAAGCAAUUUCAAUGUAAAUUUUGUGAAAAGACCUACAAUUCAUUGGGCGCCCUGAAGAUGCACAUUCGCACACAUACGCUACCGUGUAAAUGUAAAAUCUGUGGUAAGGCAUUUUCACGUCCAUGGCUAUUGCAAGGACACGUUCGCACACAUACUGGAGAAAAACCCUUUCAAUGUGAAAUCUGUUGCCGAGCCUUUGCCGAUCGAUCAAAUUUGCGCGCACAUAUGCAAACCCAUUCGGAUAUAAAAAAAUAUCGCUGUACGAAAUGUUCAAAAACAUUUUCGCGUAUGUCCUUACUCAAUAAGCAUAUGGAAAACUGUUUGCAGCAAACAACAACGUCGGUGCCUGUGCCAACAAUAGCAGACACGAAUACUCUUGACGAGUGUAGCAGUACGGCUGCACUUUCGAUUUAA